UAGCUAUGACGUCAAUGAUGGACACCGGUGUAUAUCCAUGUGUGUGCCUGUGUUUACAUCGUACAGCCUUUUCACGUGUGUCCUUUAUGUGUACGUGCCAGAGAAAGAGAGGGAGACAUUCACGUGUGGUUAUAUGUGAACAAUCUGCUUACGUGUGCUUCAGCGACUGUAUGUAGAAUGUGUACGUUGAAGCUGGAAUUAUUGUGGUGUUGUAGCCUGAGUAACAAUAGGAACACAUCUCCACACCGCUGCACACACGUGAACAGGCCCGGCUGUUAAAUAUGGCUGCCGAAGCUGCAUUCAGGAAGGCGUGCACACAAUUUUCUCGCUUUAAUUCAUCUUGGAUUACAAUUGCAGCAAAUAAGAAUACAGUGGUUGGUAGUGGUAUGUACAAUAUCAUCACAGACAUCGUUGUUAUAAAGCAGGCGCCGCUAAAACUGUCGCAACUACUAUGAUAUUAACGAACGGAGGCUGUUCACAACAUUUCUGCUUCUUGUCAGGGCUGCAAAUUUGAUUCCCGGUCGGUCAUACUCUGCAGCCCGCUGUCUUUAAUUUGAAUUGCUUUUGUGAUAGAAAGAUACUUGUGCAUUGGCUGUACCCGAACCUGAAGCCUGUGGAAUAAUAAUCGAGGCGGCAUCCGCUUCAUGCAAAUAAUUCCUGUAUUUGUUGCCUGUACCGAAGCAUACAACCAACAGCGACUACUAUAGGUGCAAUAGCUACGGCACGCACUUCACUCUCUCUCCCUGCAAUCUUUGAAUAGGGGUCACACUAAACUCCCUGGAAAUUUGCUUCGAAGGAAAAAACAACACAAAACGAAAAACCAAAUUGCAUAUUUCUUAUUAUUUGUUUGAAUUAUUGAAACCAUCAAGUUUAUUAAACCUUUAUGAACUGUUCGUCACCUUCAGCUACGGAAAAAUGAAUAUUCUGUAUAUCGGGGCCAAAUGAAAUUAUUUUUCUCUACAUUUAUCUUUUUCUUUUAGCGGAAAACAGCAUAAACGUUGUUAAAUUUCAUAUUUAUAUCGAAAGCUUUUACAAUUAAUCUUUAAUUAAAUGACAGCUGAAAUACGCACCUACGUUGAUAAUAUAUAUGCAUAAGUGAUGUAUUGAGGAGUUAUACCCUCCAGAAAAUACUCUACUUCAGUAAUAUAUAUAUCUGCAAGUGAAUUGGACCCAAAUUUAAGGGCGGAGUAAAUCGUCCACUUAGCUGAAAGGAUCGAAAAUAACCUGCGGGUGAAAAUAAAUAUACAACAAAGCCGCCGCUGCUAUCACACACAUACACACAUACAAAAAUAACAAAAGCAAUAUUUAAAAGAAGUGAAAACUUUAAAGAAGAGUGGGGAAAAAAAUUUGGAUAAUUUUAAUUUCUUUAUAUUGUUGUUUUGCAAAGACUGAAGUGCGAAUCCCCUUUUUUUUUUUUUCUUGGUGUGUGUAGAGCAUCGAGUAUAUCUUGGAAUUAUAGACGUGACCUUUUCUGGUGGUUGUGUCAUUCCUGGCAGAAAUUACAGGUUAGUAACGUGAUUGCAACUUGUUAGUUUGUCAUUACUGUCCCCCCCCCACUAUAUAUAUAUAUCUAUAUAUAUAUAUAUAUAUAUCAAUAUUAUAUAUUUCCGUGUCAAUUCCUGUUUUUGCCUCCAGCCAUCCAAGAAGCUGUUAAUUUACGGGUACAAUUCGUUCCUUCCUCGAACGCAAAAUCUCAACAAUCCCCUCAAGUCACCGUCUUAAUCUCUGAUUGACUUUUUCUCCCUUUCGAACUCAACUCUUCUUUUUUUUUUUAUCUGGUUUCCAUAAUUGUUAAAAAAAAAAAAGACAUCUAAAGAAAACGACCACUUACUUAUCUUCAUUUCCUUACCAAACAUGUAAACUUUUGACUUUAAAUUCAAUUUACAUUUUAUUUUAUCAACUUUAAACUCAGUGAAUUUUCAUUUUGUUUAACUUCGAAACCAAUUUCAACUUGAUGGCGAUCGACACCUGACUUCAUUUGAAAUAUGAAAGAUAUUUCCUUUCUCUAAUUUUAUUAAAUGUAAACCAACAAGUUAUAUUAAAAAAAGAAAGAAAGGAAGAUAAAACAACUUUUGUAGCCAUUUCCAUUUACUGUUUAUUUAAAAUCAUAAAACUAUGAACUGAAAAGGCUGAUUGGAGACCAUCCACACGUGUUUUCAGGAAGUAGCAACUUGUUACCUCCGCUGUAUGAAGUUCCAGUCACUGCAAAGUACCGCUGCUCUUACAGGCGCACCUUUUUGCUCUUUUAACUAUUUCAAUGCUGUGACAAUUGUUUUAACAGCUUUGUUGUGAUAAUUAACUUUUCAAAGACUACUGAUGUUCCAACUCAUGUACAGAGCCAUGAGUACAAUGAAUAGCCCAGACUUAUCUUCAGAUCAACAGUACCUGCUUCAAAACCCUAAUUAUACAUUGGAUCUUGUUAAAAGACUUGAUUCGUUGCGUAUUGAAGCGACGUUUACCGAUGCCAUUCUGUGCGUGCAACACGAAGAAUUUCCUUGCCACCGAAAUGUGCUGGCUGUUAGCAGUCCUUAUUUUAAAGCUAUGUUUACCAGUGACUUACGAGAAAGCCGUGAAUCUAGGAUCUGCAUUAGUGAAGUGUCUCCUUGGACUUUAAAACGUGUCAUUGAAUAUGCCUAUAGUGGACGGAUUGCUAUCAACGCCGAAAAUGCCCUUCAGCUCUUAGCAGCAGGCAGUCUGUUUGAAUAUCCCGACAUAGUUAGUGCUUGUUGUGAGUUUCUUCGCCGUCAGCUUGACCACAAUAAUUGUCUGGGUAUUGAGCAAUAUGCUCAGGUUCACUCAUGUCAUGAUCUGCAGAACGAUGCGCAUAAGUUUGCACUGGAAAACUUUAGCAUGGUUGUCAAGAGUGAUGAAUUUUUGGACUUGUCAAUAGAUCGAUUACUGACUUACACGUCUAGUGACUUGAUUGAUGUACGCAAAGAAGAGGUGGUUUAUGAUGCUGUGAUGCGUUGGGUAAAGUAUGACCUUGAUGAGAGAAAACAACAUCUUACAUGCCUUCUACAACAAGUUCGUCUUCCAAUUGUGGAUCUCGGCUACCUGCAAGAAAUUGAAAGUGACCCGGUAAUUUCUAAUCAAAGCGAUUGCCUGAAUAUGGUUCGUGAGGCUCAAAUUCAACAUGAGUCUGUCUCGAAUCAACAAGGUAAGCGUCGUCGUAGCAUGCAAAACAAUAAUGUUCACCCAAGACCAUCUACUGUUGCCAAAGAGGUUUUGGUGGUUGUUGGUGGAUUGAACAGUUAUAUAACUCAGUCUGUGGAAAUGUAUGAUGUUCAGAAAGAUCGUUGGACUAGUCUCCCUGAUAUUCCUCAAUCUCUUUCUCAGUAUAGUGUUGCUAUGUUAACCACUGGACUCAUUGUAACUGGAGGAAUACACGAUGGUCAUAUCGUGGACAAUGUGUGGCAUUUUGAUUGUAUUAAAUUAGAGUGGAAGAGUGUGAAAGCAAUGCCCCAACCUCGUGCACGUCAUGCUUCUACUUCCGUGAACAAUUGUGUCUAUGUGAUUGGUGGUGUUGGCUAUGGAGAAGAACAUGAUAUAAAAGACUUAAAGCCUAUUGAACGUUAUGAUGCUAUUUCCAAUACUUGGGAGGAAGUUGGUCAAAGCCGCUUUCCAAGGACAUUGGCCAGAAUAGUACCAUAUGAAGACAUUAUUCUAGAGGUUGGUGGCCUGCAAGGUGGCCAGUGUGUGAAUACAAUAGAAACCUAUGUUUGUAAUGGUGCUUCACUUAAUCCUAGCGGAGAGCAAUAUGUGCUGCCAAAUUCUAUACGAUAUGCUCAGAUUUUAGUGCUAGACAACGUAUUUUAUAUUAUAUGGGAAGAUAGCCGCAAAGUGCUCACCCUUGACCCUGAGAAACGAACAUUCCGUAACUUACCUGAUGUCCCACAUGUUCAUGUUAACAGUGGUGCUAGUAUAUUAAGAGGUAAAAUUUACAUUGCUGGUGGUUUACAUGAUGUAGAGAAUUCGGUGCCAUCACAGUGUGUGGAAUGUUACGAUCCUUCGACAAAUGAAUGGACCGAAGAGACGAGCAUGAGCCAAGCGAGGUCGUCACAUGCCUGUCUAACAGUUCACAUAUGACUAAAUUCAUUCAUUCUCGUUUUUACAAUCCCUAUUUGACUAGGUCCCUCUUGUUCCUGCUUGACAAUCCAUUUGUGACCAAUUCUCCAUCCCUGCUUGACAGUCUCAAUAGAUCUUGUCCUAGGUUUGCAGACUCUCUGUAACUAGGCUACCACAGGACUAACUCUUCACCUGUGACUGGGUUUAUUCUUCUUUGCUUCAUACAUGUAUCCGGGUGUUCUCCUAGCUUAACAGACUAACCCACAUCUAGAUUUUCUUCCACUCCCCUUCGCUUGACAGUCCACAUGUUAACUAGGUCCCUUCAUCUAAACAUCACACAGUUCACUUGUGACAAGGUCAUUUCCUCUGUUGCUGGACACACCACAUGUGACUAGGCCCCUUCAUCAUUGCUUGACAGUCCACAACUAAUUAGAUCCUUCCAUGCUUGACAGUCCACACAUAACUAAUUAGAUCCUUCCAUACUUGCUUGACAAUCUGUGUGUGACUUAGAUGUGCAGCACACUUUGCUUGCCAAUCUACACAUGUUGAAGUCUCCAAAGAAGCUCAGCCAACGUGCUAUGUGUGCUUACAUGACAGUCUCACAUGCUAACAUGUUACUCCGACCUAUAGCAUGGACUGACUUCUUGUGAUUAGGUCUGCAACAUGCCUGCUUUGACUGUGUUCAUGGGACCAUAUCUGUGAUAUAAUUGCAGUGACUGUCUUUGUUGGGGUCAGUCUUUGACAUAGUUGCAUUUACUGUGUAAAUUAUCACACAGACACACAGACAUAUAUGCUAAACAUAAUGUUUCUUUAUUUAUUCUCAAUAUGCUUAUUUUAUCAAAUAUUUUUUUGUUGUGCUCUGUUAUAUUUCUUCUUAUAAUUUAUUUAAUUUCAGUACCUGUUUGAUUUCUGAUUUUUAAACUCCAGUGUAUAUAUAUAUAUAUAUAUAUAUAUAUAUAUAAUAUAAUAUAUAUAUGUUUAUAUUUCUCUUAUAAUUUAAUGUGAAACUUCUGUGACAUUUUCCUUCAAUAAUUUUGAAUUCUGAAUGGUUUAUUAAAACAGUCUGUAUUCCUUUAAAUUCUAUUUAAAAGAAAAAAAAUUCUAUUCCUUUUUUGCCCAAUAUACAUGCAUAAAAAAAUACAUGUUUGUGUGUGUGUGUCU